CGUGCCCGACCCCGCCUCAGCUCUGCGGCCGUCGGGCUCAGGGCAUGCCGGGAGUUGUAGUUUUCGCUGCCUGAGGCCUCGGCCGGGAGAGGAUGGGCGGCCCUCGCGGCUCUGGCAGCGACAGUUCCGCCGGGCACUCGUUCCCGCGACCCUGGCCCGGGCCUCGGCUCACAUCGCCGCGACCCCGCCUCGCCUCGGCCGCCGGGAGCCUCUCCCCUCGCCAGGGCCGGAGGCGCAAGCGGGGGCGGGCCUCUGCGCCGAGCGGCCAAUGGGGACGGAGCCUGGCGGCCGGGGCGUGGCGGCCCCGGCGCGACGCCUCGAGUGGCGGUUGUUUCAAGAUGGCGGGCGCGGCCGGCCCCUCCCUGCCGGGCUCCGCGUUCUGGAGCCGCGACUUUUCUGAUGAAGAACAAUCAAUAGUUUAUGUUCCAGGACUCUCCUCAGAAGGAAAUACAAGAUCAAGACUCAAGUUAAUGAAUCCAAAAGUUGAUCUUAAAGUUAAGACUUGCAGGGUGGCUGAUGCUUCUGUCUCCAUGGAUUCUUUAAAAGGUGCAGGAGACUCAGUGGCUGAACAGAAUAUCUGCAAGGGAGGAAUGAAGAGUGCAUCAUUGAAAGAUUUAUGUCUUGAAGACAAAAGACGGAUUGCUAACUUAAUUAAAGAACUGGCCAGAGUAAGUGAGGAAAAGGAAGUGACGGAGGAGCGCCUGAAAACCGAGCAGGAGUCCUUUGAGAAGAAGAUUCGGCAGCUGGAAGAGCAGAAUGAGCUGAUCAUCAAAGAAAGGGAAGCUCUUCAGCUACAGUAUCGAGAAUGUCAAGAACUUCUAAGUCUCUACCAGAAGUACCUGUCAGAGCAGCAAGAGAAGCUCACCAUGUCACUCUCGGACCUCGGUGCUGCUAGAGCGCAGGAGCAGCAGAUAACCAACAGGAAAAUCACUCACCAGUCUUCGUUGAUGGACCUGGAUGGUUCCUACUUGAGUGUAGCCAAACCACAAACCUCCUGUCAGACCAAGGCAAGGCCUAAGUCAGCAACCCAGAUCUCAGCUUCAGAGUCCCUAACGGCAAUGAGGAAUAAUUCCUUGAAACCAGUAAUACUUCAUCAUCACAAAGAGAGUUUAGAGAGGGUGUCAUCAGAAACCAGAACAGGUGAUUCUGAAUCUCCAGGGAGGAAACCAACAGAUGCGGCCCCAAUAGAGAAAGUCCUUCCUUCAGAAGAGUUGAAGGUAAAGGAAUGUCCACACCCUCCUCGCACUCCAUCAAGUCAGUACUGUAGUCACAAAUGCUCUGAAAGUGAAGAUUGUGUUCCUGAGAACUACCAGCCUGUGACCAUGGCUCCUCAGUGUUGUAAGACUCAUCCGGGAUCAUGCAGUCAUUGUGGGCUUGCUUGGGCGUCUCUCAUUCAUAGAGUGACACUGCAACCCAGUGACACUGAUGUCAGAAAGCAACUCUCGGAAGAUCGAAGGCAACAACUGAUGCUUCAGAAAAUGGAGCUAGAAAUCGAAAAGGAGCGCCUCCAGCAUCUUUUGGCCCAGCAAGAGACAAAGCUUCUCCUCAAACAGCAGCAGCUGCACCAGUCCCGGCUGGAUUACAACUGGUUAAGGACUCAAGCUAUAUUUAAGUCUCGAGAACUGGUAGCAGAUAAAGAAUUUAGUAAACCCCAAGAACUCGAUCUUGAUGUGAAUGGUAGUGACUCUGGACCAAGCUUCGUAAAGUCGAAAUGUGACGGAUGGCUGUGUGGAACCUCGACAUCCUUCAAAAAAUGCCCAGACUCUGCCAACAGUGGACAGAACAGGAGGGACAAGAAGACAGUUGAGUUUCAGCCACAUGUGGAGGAUAAUGGCCAGUGGGUAUGCCGGGAGAAAGACGCCUGCAGACCCCAGAAAGAGACAGCGACAAGAGUUAGAAAAGAUGCAUCCACAUCUCCUAUGCUAACAAGAAGGCCUAAGGACCCUGGGACUCCAGCCUCAUCAUCAUCCCAGCACAACGCCUCACAGUAUGAGACAUCUCUGUUGGAUUUGGUUCAGUUUCUGAGCCCAAAUACUGCUCCCAAAUCUCAGCCCCAUCCCUCCAGAGCAACAGGAAUGUGGAGUACUUUCCAACCUAGCCCUCAGAAAUCUACCUGGAAGAGAAUGGGGACACACAGAAGCCCUGAAGACCUGGAGGAGAAUCAGAUUCUGGAAGACAUAUUUUUUAUAUGACUUUGAAGCACACGCUACAAAAUUUCCAUAGGAAAUAUUUGGGUUCCUUUACAUAUUGAUAUAGGAUGUUAAAUUACUUAAUUGCAAAGCAGCCGAGUCUCUCCUUUCACAGGGACCUGUCUUUCUGGCAUCCUCUUAAGUAUUAAUACAGAAAUCAUUCUAAUAAAUCAGGUGGUUUUUGUCAGACCAGUCAGAAAACAGGCUAAAAGAGGUGGGCUUAUGGAUAGAAUCUUUUCUAUGCCAAACAGAGAUUAGAAAUUUAGGAUACUUAGUGCAUGUCAGACACCAUGGAUAUGUACUGUCAUUUUAAAAGUGUUUUCAGUGUACUGCUGGAAAACGUUGGCUCUUUCCUUACAUAAGGAAAGUAGCCACUUCAGAAGGCUUCAUCCUUCUUAACCUUUCAUUCCAAAGCUGAAGUUAGGGACCUAAUAUCACCACUUCCUGGGACCAAAUCAUGGGAGUCAUAGCAAUCAUCAACAUGGUCACUGCUGCCCCUUACACCAAAAGCUCAGUGGUUAGCAGGAAGUUUCCAGCCAGACUGUGUCAUUAAACCACAGGUAAGAAUGGCUGCCUGAGGAAAUCCACCAAUGCCUGUGAUGGGCAUUCGGGCGUUUCUUGUUGACUCCACUUCCAGGUGUUCUUGUGAGUGUCCCUCAUGGGUGUGUCUGGGGAGGACAGCACUGGAGAAAGAGUGGUACCCAGUGGCUGCAGGCUGGCAGGUUUCUCCUGCCCUUGCUCACGCCAUAAGAAUGUACCAUCCUAGUUUGACUGCCCUGGGUACCUGAGUCGAGCAAAGCUCUGCUGAGCAUCUUUAUUGGCCUAGAUAGGACUCCUUUCUCUCCAGAGUUAGCUAAGUCCUGUUGCUUCUACCCAGUCUCCCUUUCCUUCAAGACUCUCAAUUCCAUACUCUUCAUCUGUAAUCAUUCCCUUUGGAAGUUGAAAGUUAAUUGCAGUUUCCAAUUUCCUUUUCAAAUUCACCCUGAGAGUGACUAGAACAGACUUGUUCUAUUUCAAAACACCUUCAGGAUAUGUCUGGAGUGGCAGAAAUGGCAGUUAGGUUCCCAGAACCACCUUCUCUCUAUCCUGUAUGUCACCAAUAGCUUCACUAUGCCUGUUCCCUUAGACUUGCUAUAACCCUAGUCACUUGUUCUGAGCAUCAGUGUUCUUCCUACUCUAAAUUAUGUGUCUCCAGAAGAAUAAGAAGGAGAAUCUGAUCUCUUUAAGAAACAUAGUUACCCUUGGGAGAGUAAUGAACAUCCUAAAAAACAAAGGCUUUUUCUGGGUGCCAUGCCAAUGAAUGGAAUUUAAUUGCUUUUAUACUUUACCAACAGAGGCAGUUUGUAAGAGAGAAAAAAAUGAGUUUUCAGGGAAGCAUCAUUGAAUACAAUUUUCAUACUUCACAGUCCCUGCCAGAUGCUCUCUUCAGGCAUGGGGGCGGAGGCAUUGAUAUGAGGAUGGUAGGAAGGGAAUAUAUAUAUAUAUAACCUAGUGGCUAAUAUGAUGAUAUAUGUUAACAUUUUAAUCUAUAUUAAAUUUACUUUGAGAUAAA